AUGUCUACAGCCACCGCUCCAGCUGCCUUGGCUAGCACAAGAUUCAGCUCUUCAUCCAUGGCCAAUGCGGCGACAACCGCCGGGGCUGCAACCAGCGAGGCCGCAAUCAGCUCUGGCGGAGCCGCACUGUCCGUAUUACUGUCCGCGUCGCUAUCGCUCCACCUGUCGAACCUUGCCAGUGCCGCCACAGGGGUUCCAGCAUCGGUAGCCUCCGGUAUUCUCAGUGACGUCUCGGGACUCCUCGCAACGAGCGAUGCCUCCUCUCAGCUGAGCGAAAGUUAUCCAGGCGAGAUGUCCUCAGUUUCAAGCAUCAACCCAGGGAAUGACACGACUACUAGCGCGCCACCCGUGACAAGUACCAGUGGGAUCAACACUACGACGUCAAGUCUGCUUUCUGUGUCGACCUCUACGGGAUUCCUCACAUCGAGCUUUCCUCGCAACUCGACUACGACAGCAUCCCAAACAUCCAGCUCAAGCGAAGUCGAGUCUACGUUGCCAACGGAAUCUGCUCUGUUUUGGAUUGCCACCCUAUCCCAAGGAGAUGUCACAACAUUCCCACAGUCUGCUGCCACUUACACGACCUUCGUGAACGGCAACACCCUGUCCGGAUCAGCGGCAAGAUCUAGUCCUUCAAGUCUAACCGACUUUGUAUCAUCCUCAGCUUCCGGUCCGUUGUCUGACCGAUCGUCAAGUAGAGGACGGCAAACCACAUCAACAAUCGCAAGUAGCAAUGGUGCAGGCGAUAACUCGAGCCAAUACCCUAUCGUUUCGCAGCCCAUACCCACCGACACGGAGUCUGAUUCCAACAACAACUCCAGCAGCACUCCGCCGGCAGGGACUAUCGCUGGAGGGGUAGUUGGCGGGGCCGCCGGGCUAGCCGUAAUCGUGUUGAUCGCCAUGUUGGCCGUCAGGUGGUAUCGAAGGCACUCGAUGGCACGGCAUCAGGCUCUACCGCAAGGUCCAGGCAGUUCAGCCGAUCCAAAUGCAGCCUCCCAUGGCGGCCCUGGAAUGGCUGAGCGCGCCGGAUUGGCACCUAUAGUCGCUGCCGUCCCAGCACUCUUUAGGCACCAAAGCCGCGCCGGCGGCGGCGAUCAGGCGGCGCAACGCGGAUUCACACGGGUUUCUGGUCGCAAGCUCCCCUCUGCUUUCGGAGGAGGUGCUGGGGAUAGACCGCCUUCCGAUGCUCCUGUCGAUCGCGACGACGACACUGCGGCUUCAAUCUAUCGAGACAGCAGUGGCUUUUACGGCGGAGAUGGUGCUUCCGGCUCGCCACCAUCACCCAGCGGGAGCUUUCCCCUCCCCAGCAACUCGUACGAACAGAUGACGCUAUCUCCGGGACCUCAGCGAACGCCCAGACUACACUCGGGCGGCCCGUACAACAUGUCGCCGGGCGGCAGCGUGGGCUCUUCUUCACCACAGGCUGUUCCAGCACUCACUCGAAGUGAUGCACCAUUUUUGCUGGACCCCAAUCGAAACAGUCGGUUCUCUGAGCGACUGUGA